CAGUAGAGAAGUCUGAGCCAAUGGUAGAUAGCAUGGGCAUUUCUGGUCUAGUAAUCUAAGACUAAGGUGAAAAAAUGGCACUGCCCUGAGUAAGCUUAGCUCUGCCUUGUAUUGGAUUCGGCGAGGAAGCAGUCUACAGAGCUCCAGAGGAUAACUGAACUUGAUAGAUCUGAAACGUCCAUCUGCAUCCCAUCAACUGGAAACGCACGGCCAGAACAGUCAACCAAGUCUGACUGAGACUGAAAUAUGGAACCCAUGCCAAAUGGUGUAACCUUCAAAGAGAGAGUUUAUAUAAUUACGGGGAAGAAAACCCAAAUAUUUGAACACAUUCCAGAAUUGAAGUUGUUUUUUUUCCAGUUAGCAGUUUGUUUGUUUGUUUGUUUGUUUGUUUGUUUGUUUUUUCUCUUGUGACAAUAGUAUGGCCCAGGAGAGAGCUGUAUGCUUGUACUUCUAAGUCAGUCGAACAUGAUUUUUUUGUUUAAAUAUUUUUGGAAAUGAUAAGAUGCUUCUUUACUGGGAUUCUUGGUUUUUGGAGAUCAGAGGGACUUAUAAGAAUCCUGAAUUAUGGGGUUGGGGAUUUAGCUUAGUGGUAGAGCGCUUGCCUAACAAGCGCAAGGCCCUGGGUUCGGUCCCCAGCUCCAAAAAAAAGAAAGAAAGAAAAAAAAAAAAGAAUCCCGAAUUACUCAAACAAGGAAACAGACGAUAUCUAAGAAUUCUGUUACAUGCUAAAAUGGUAGCUAUUUGUUCCCAAUGUCUUCUUUGUUAUAAAACAAGUUGAGAGGAGAAAGUUGUUAAUAGUGGCCGUAAUUCCUGUUAACAUUUUAUGUAUGCUACCAAAAAGGAACAGCAUCAACAUUCAAGAAGUACUUACAAAAUAGUUAGGCCUUCUAAUCCUUGUGCCAAAAACUCCAGUAAAGUCAGAUUCUUAGACUGAAACAUAUCUACCGAGGUUCUGCAUGCUGUAUCAUACCUCAUGGAACUGUGUGUAACCACAGAUAAGGUAGUGAUGAUUGUCCUUUCGAGUCUAGAGCUCAACACUAGUCCUUCUGAGCCCAUAAACUUUAUAAAUACUUAAUGUUAAGUGCCAUUAGUACUCUCCACUGAGGAUGAAAAAAGCUCUUUCCAACUGAUUGAUGUUUUUUCAGAAUGUAUUGCGAUCAGUUUCAGGCAAUUCAGUCUUUUUAUUCUACCCAGCAGAGAUUUUCUUAUUUAUUUUGUUCUGACAAGCAGACGAAAUAGAUGCAUUUUAAAAGAGUUCGACCAUUCCUUCUUUCUGCAAUAUAUGGGUAAAUGGCUGUCAGAGGAUCAGAUAAGACAUUCUUCAUGCUUCUUUUUCAGAGAACACUCAAGGGACAGAUGUAGCUAUCUGACAUUUUGUGGUGAUUCACCUCCACUCCCGAAUGCUCCACGUUGAGAAGAUUUAAGACAACAGUGCUGAUUCAGCAAUUCUGCAUGGUCGAUACCCUAAGACAUUUUCCAGAUCUUGAUGAUGAAGGGAGAACUUAUUUCACUGGUGUUGAUGAUUCUCACAACAAACGGAGUUCUACCUUUUGCUAUGUUUUCUUUAUAAGAAACUUGUGUGGUCAUCGAUUGGAAAAUAAAUAUAGAGCCUUCAGUAACUGGGGCCUCAUCUACCUUGAGGGUGAUAAUAAUCAGCUCAUAAUAGAUUUCUGUUGCAGAAUUCUAGAACAUCCAAAGAGGUGGCUGAAUUACCAGUUCUUGCUCCAUUCAUCGGAUCAGCACUGUGGAAACUGGACAUACUUUUUUACAAGUUGGAUUAUGGAUCUCACUGUUCAGAAACGCCUUGGGAAGGAAACCGGCAGAAUGUUGGCUUUAAUAGCCUGCUCAAAUGUACACAGCCAGGAACUGGCAAAGGUUGAAUUUCAAUCGCAACAAUCUGAAGCACCGUUUAAAAUUGGGAUCUAGCAAAGUCACAGUGUGUCGUUCGUGAGUGAUGGCUAUCCUGGUUGUCAUCUUAACUACAUCUGGAAUGAACUACAAUCCAGUAAUGGAGGGCACACCUGUGGUCCAGAUCUUGAGGGUGGAAGGCAUAGGCUUCUGACAUGGAAUAAUAUACACUUUUGAUCCAGAUCUUGAGGGUCAGUGGCCAUGAAAAGCUUAUGCCCAGACAAGGGUUGCCCAGGAGACUGAGGCGAGCAGACCUGAAUACAAAGCCAGUUUGGGACUGUGAGUUCCAAAUCCAGCUGUGGUGGUACACACCUUUAAUCUAGGCUACACCUUCUGCUGAAGGCCUACGUAAAAGACGUCGGAAGAAAGAAAACAUAGCUCUUCUUUGCCUGCUUGCACUUACUUGUCAGCAUAUCAGUUGGAACCUACUUCUUCAGGAUUCUAGCUUAUACAGAAGACCAGCUGAAACAACUAGUCUCCUGGGACUGAGCAACCACUACAUUCUUGGACUUCCCAUCCACAGCUGCCCAUUGUUGGGUUAGUUGGACUGCAGACUGUUUUGGAAGGAAGGAUGUUGUAGAACACUUGCUGCAGAUGGGUGCCAAUGUCCAUGCCCGUGACGAUGGGGGUCUCAUCCCACUUCAUAACGCCUGUUCUUUUGGCCAUGCGGAGGUUGUGAGUCUGUUACUGUGUCAAGGAGCAGAUCCGAAUGCCAGAGAUAACUGGAACUAUACGCCUCUGCAUGAAGCUGCCAUUAAAGGGAAGAUCGACGUUUGCAUUGUGCUGCUGCAGCACGGAGCUGAUCCAAACAUCCGGAACACCGAUGGGAAAUCGGCUCUGGACCUGGCAGAUCCUUCAGCAAAGGCUGUCCUCACAGGUGAAUACAAAAAGGACGAACUCCUAGAAGCUGCUAGGAGUGGUAAUGAAGAAAAACUAAUGGCUUUACUGACUCCUCUAAAUGUGAAUUGCCAUGCCAGUGAUGGGCGAAAGUCUACUCCGUUACACCUGGCCGCGGGCUACAACAGAGUGCGGAUAGUUCAGCUGCUGCUACAGCACGGAGCUGAUGUCCACGCAAAAGACAAAGGCGGGCUUGUACCUCUUCAUAAUGCAUGCUCAUACGGACACUAUGAGGUCACAGAGCUGCUGUUAAAGCAUGGCGCUUGUGUCAACGCUAUGGAUCUGUGGCAGUUCACCCCGCUGCAUGAAGCCGCUUCCAAGAACCGCGUCGAAGUCUGUUCUUUGUUACUUAGUCAUGGUGCUGAUCCAACCUUGGUCAAUUGCCAUGGCAAAAGUGCUGUGGAUAUGGCUCCCACUCCUGAGCUCCGGGAAAGACUGACAUAUGAAUUUAAAGGCCAUUCUUUACUACAAGCUGCCAGAGAAGCAGACCUGGCCAAAGUGAAGAAAACACUUGCUUUGGAAAUCAUUAACUUCAAGCAGCCACAGUCUCAUGAAACUGCCUUGCAUUGUGCUGUGGCCUCCUUGCAUCCCAAACGAAAGCAGGUGGCAGAACUGCUACUUAGGAAGGGCGCCAAUGUCAAUGAAAAAAACAAGGACUUCAUGACUCCUUUGCAUGUUGCAGCUGAAAGAGCUCAUAAUGACGUCAUGGAGGUUCUGCAUAAGCAUGGAGCAAAGAUGAACGCGCUGGACAGUCUAGGUCAGACUGCUUUGCACAGAGCUGCCUUGGCUGGCCACCUGCAGACCUGCCGCCUCCUGCUGAGUUACGGCUCUGACCCUUCCAUCAUCUCCCUGCAAGGCUUCACAGCCGCGCAGAUGGGGAACGAAGCGGUGCAGCAGAUUCUGAGCGAGAGUACUCCUAUCCGCACUUCUGAUGUGGACUAUCGACUCUUAGAGGCAUCGAAAGCUGGUGACUUGGAAACUGUGAAGCAACUGUGCAGCCCGCAGAAUGUGAACUGCAGAGAUCUGGAGGGCCGCCAUUCCACUCCCUUACACUUCGCUGCAGGCUACAACCGUGUGUCUGUCGUCGAGUACCUUCUACAUCAUGGAGCUGAUGUCCAUGCCAAAGACAAAGGGGGCUUGGUUCCCCUUCACAAUGCCUGCUCCUAUGGACACUACGAGGUAGCUGAGCUCUUGGUGAGGCACGGGGCUUCUGUCAACGUGGCGGACUUGUGGAAAUUUACCCCUCUCCAUGAAGCCGCAGCCAAGGGAAAAUAUGAGAUCUGCAAACUCCUUCUAAAACAUGGAGCAGAUCCAACUAAGAAGAACAGAGAUGGAAACACACCCCUAGAUCUGGUCAAAGAAGGAGACACAGAUAUUCAGGACCUACUGAGGGGGGAUGCUGCCCUGUUGGAUGCUGCCAAGAAGGGCUGCCUGGCCAGAGUGCAGAAGCUUUGUACUCCAGAGAACAUCAACUGCCGAGACACCCAGGGCAGAAACUCAACUCCUCUCCACCUGGCAGCGGGCUAUAAUAACCUGGAAGUAGCCGAGUACCUGCUAGAGCGCGGCGCUGAUGUGAACGCCCAGGACAAAGGAGGUUUAAUUCCACUCCACAACGCAGCGUCUUAUGGGCAUGUUGAUAUAGCAGCAUUACUGAUAAAGUACAACACGUGUGUAAACGCAACGGAUAAGUGGGCCUUCACUCCCCUCCACGAAGCAGCCCAGAAGGGGAGGACACAGUUGUGUGCCCUACUCCUAGCACAUGGCGCAGACCCAACCAUGAAGAACCAGGAGGGUCAGACACCUUUAGACCUGGCAACGGCUGAUGACAUCCGAGCUUUGCUGAUAGAUGCCAUGCCCCCUGAGGCCUUACCUACCUGUUUUAAACCUCAGGCAACUGUAGUUAGUGCCUCUCUGAUCUCACCAGCGUCCACCCCGUCCUGCCUCUCUGCUGCCAGCAGCAUAGAUAACCUCACUGGCCCGUUAGCAGAGCUGGCUGUAGGAGGAGCCUCCAAUGCGGGGGAUGGUGCUGCGGGUGCAGAAAGGAAGGAAGGAGAAGUUGCGGGUCUUGACAUGAAUAUCAGCCAAUUCCUUAAAAGCCUUGGCCUUGAGCACCUUCGGGACAUCUUUGAAACAGAGCAGAUCACGUUAGAUGUGCUGGCCGAUAUGGGUCAUGAGGAACUGAAAGAAAUAGGCAUCAAUGCCUAUGGACACCGCCACAAGUUAAUCAAGGGCGUUGAAAGACUCUUAGGUGGACAACAAGGAACCAAUCCGUAUCUGACCUUUCACUGUGUGAAUCAGGGAACUAUUUUACUAGAUCUUGCUCCAGAAGAUAAAGAAUACCAAUCAGUAGAAGAAGAGAUGCAGAGUACUAUUCGGGAGCACAGAGAUGGCGGGAAUGCUGGUGGCAUCUUCAACAGAUACAAUGUCAUUCGAAUUCAGAAAGUUGUAAACAAGAAGCUGAGGGAGCGGUUUUGUCACAGACAAAAGGAGGUGUCUGAGGAGAACCACAACCAUCACAAUGAGCGCAUGCUGUUCCACGGUUCCCCUUUCAUUAAUGCCAUUAUUCAUAAAGGGUUUGAUGAGCGGCACGCAUACAUUGGAGGGAUGUUUGGAGCUGGGAUUUACUUUGCCGAAAACUCUUCCAAAAGCAAUCAGUAUGUUUAUGGAAUUGGAGGAGGAACAGGCUGCCCCACACACAAAGAUAGGUCAUGUUACGUAUGUCACAGACAAAUGCUUUUCUGUAGAGUGACCCUUGGAAAGUCUUUUCUGCAAUUCAGCACCAUGAAAAUGGCCCAUGCGCCUCCAGGACAUCACUCAGUCAUCGGUAGACCAAGUGUCAAUGGGCUGGCGUAUGCUGAAUAUGUCAUCUACAGAGGGGAACAGGCAUAUCCAGAAUAUCUCAUCACCUACCAGAUCAUGAAGCCGGAAGCCCCUUCCCAGACUGCAACGGCAGCAGAGCAGAAGACCUAGUGAUUGCCCCUGGUAAAGGCCAGAGUGAUUCAAACCUGCAACUGGAUUACAGUGGAUUGCUUCCAACAAAAAAAAUCAAUAUUCUCUAAAUCCCAACAGCCAAGAAAUAAGCUGUUUGUCUUUUAUAAAGCAUUGCUAGAGUGACCCUGCGGAGUGAGUCCCCAAGCACAUUCACCUGCCCUGGUCCCCUUGAGGAAAUGGCUACCAGGCGGCCUUGACCAUGUCUCAGGCCGUUUUCAUUGCAGUUACCCAUUUCUGAAGCAAGAUGCUUUGCUCAAGAUGUAGAGAUGGGAAAAGAGAAUAUGCUGGCUUACACGUUCUUGGUUCAUACACUACAUUUUCUUCGUUGUGUUGGCACAUGGAUAACAGACACAUGUGAUGGGCUUAUUUUUUAAUUUUGCCAAACAUAUUUGUUGAUGCUUCUUGUUCUUGUUGUUGUUGUCGUCGUCAUUAUUGUUACUUUGAAAAUGAGCCAGAGUCUUCCUGGGAUAUUUUGCACAGAGUCACACUGACUAAAAUCAUUAGCGAUGCAGCCGAAGCUUCUGGCUAGACACUGGUCCAGUGUCCCCGUUGUCAGAUUUUGUAUCUCUGCUUCUUGUGAACAUAAAGGAAAAGAGCAAUAUUUAGUUUUCUUUUAUAAACUCCCCACCUUAAAAGGAAGGGCACAAACAUCUCUUUGACCUAAAAAGUCAGAGCCUGGUGGACCAUUUGCUCUUUCUGGUCUCAGGGUUCUCAGAACCAUGCUACAGAUGGGAGCGCUUGGGAGAGUGUUAAUGGAGGAGUUAGGACCUUGCUUCCCUGGUGGAAUGGCUAGAGAGCUGGGAGGGAGGAGCCUAGGGCCCUGGUCUCUCAACAAAUGCUUCACUCCCUGGACCACCAGGGUUGUCUAAAGUCAGGGAACUGUUCCACAUCGCCAAGGUCCCAGCAUAUUUCUCUCUCUCUCUCUCUCCCUUCCUCCCUCCCUCUCUCUCUCUCCAGGAUAUUCAAACCCGACAUAAUAAAUAUGCACAAAUACAAGGACAUUUUGUUUACUCCUAAUCUGGCCUCUGAGUAGUAUGUGUCAAUAGUUUAGAAAGAUCCCUUCUCUCAGUUUUUAAACAAUUUCUUCAAAGUUCUUAAUGUAGUUAGACAAAGAAAACAAAAGUUGAAACCAAAGGCAGUUUGACCUAUUUUUUAGGUGCCACUGAUAGAAACAUUUCUUUGGGAAAGUGCUUGCUUGUAAUGGCAUUCGCCAAGUGCGCUCAACGCCAGGCAGAACCACGCCUGCCGCCUCAGGCCCUGUGGACCCUAACCAAGUACUGAGCUGAACGCAUUACUUCACAGGUCCUCCUCAGCUCUGAAGCAGACGUCAUAUAAGCAGGGAAACAGUGUGACACACUUAACCAUUUCAAUCGGAAGGCUGAAAACAAUGUUUUUAACUUUGUUUUAAUGCAAGCAUAUUAAACUGUGACCACCUUCGUUUCCCUGGUUCUUGAAAUACACAUUUCUCUUUAUUUAUUAAAUUUUUGUUAGCUUGAGCCCAUGCUAGGACUAGGCAUCCAGUCUAGUGUGAGUAUUUUAGUUAUAUCUCAAAUGGCUUCCUCAAAAUGAAGUCAAAAGUUAGCCUCAGUCUUUACUUCCAUUGAAGUUUCAGUGACCUGAGCUUUGUGCGUGUGGUCUUGGCUGGGUGUUUAACAGCAACUAGAGCCCCAUGGAAAGCUUCAGACUCUGACGUUCCCUCAGGAGUUCCUGUCCUUCCUUCUUUUCCUUUCUAUUAACAAAGGGUUGAAGAAAUCGGCCUCUGUGUCGUUUCACUAGCUGUAAUGUAUGUAUAUGUUAUUUGGCCUGACCUGAAUUAGUUUAAAAUGCUAAAACAGCUGUGAUUUUAAUUUAGUAAUGAGUUACUAUGGUGUAGGUGUGGAAGAAAGGCUUUAGCGCUUCACUGAAACAUGAGCCUCUGACGGACGGAUCGCCUCCAUGAACCAACCAGAUUAACCAGGCCUAUCGUGGUUCCCUAACCACCAGGACUGUGUCAUGCUCUGAGCUGAGUAAAGACUUUCUAAGGAAGCCUUCUUUAGUACUAGUGAUUUCAUAGUGACUCACCCAUGACAAAGUGCACGGAAAUGAGCUGCUUAUAAAAAAUCAGUCCUGAAUAAAAAUUGUUUUAAAUGGUCCGCAGAGCUAAUAGAUAUUUUCAGAAUUUGAAAACCAAAGGCAUCAUGAGUGUAUUUGUAUUCAGGUUGGCUAAAGGGGACUACAGCAGUAGAGAGCGGGAAAGAGCCCUCUGGAAGAGACAAGCUCGGCAUUCAGCUGAAAUCUGCUUAAUUUCCUCUAUGUGCAUUAUUUAGAGCUCCUGGCAGGUUUGGGACUCCUCAGCUUCCCGGCAGAGCUGCAGAGAGAAGGCGGGUGUCUCCCACUCUUCUUCAAGGCCUUCCGGGACCCGACAGUGCCGGUUUACCAGGUUUUGGCCAGCUUGGAUACUUAACUCAGGCAUAAAACAAGUACUCUGGCCGUGUCUGCCCGUUCCUUUGCUUCUCCCCAGAUCGCUAACCUAGUCUUAGAAGAUGCUCCCGCACUGGCCCCGUUCACCUUCUUUCCUUCUUCAUCAUGGGUCUAAUGGAGGGAUCCAGGUGACCCUCAUUCUCAUAUCAGAAUGGAACUGGGUUUAGUCCUCUCUGCGAAACAGUUUCUGCCAGUUUGCUAACAAACACAAGCCUGGCCUCCCAUGCUUCAAUUCUGUGCAGAACCGUAACGGCAGGACAGCCUGCAGUCUAAGCAGGACAGUCUGCUUCCCUUCCUAGCAGUGAGAGCUCCCAUCAGUCUAAGCGGAGUAACAACACUAACCUGGGUCUCAGGAAGGCAGCCGCUCCUCUGAGCACUCGUUUCUCUUUGCUGUUGGAAUAGUGAAGGGCCUUUGGAAGGUAGAGACAGCAGAUAAGCAUACGUUAGCAUCCUGUUAUCCUAGAUACUAUUAACAUUGGCUAACGCUAGAACACAGCGUCUGAAUGCAGUAGACUGUCCUGGUUCUCCUCUACUGCAGUAUAUUCCCAGGAGCAUGAAGGAUACAGAGGCAUUGUUCCCUCUCCCCUUUUAAAUAUCCGUUGUUUAAAUUCCUAUAAAUGGCCUUGUAAACAAAAGUGUGUAUUUGUAAGCACAUCUUCCUGUACUGUCCCCGCACCCAUGCUCCCAGACCUCAUUCAUGUGCCAGCCUUCUCACUGGGUUUCUGGUGGGCUCAUCAUCUUGCACAGAGCUACAGACUCAGCAAAUAUUCAAAAAUGACAUUAAAAUGGAUGUUUUCAUGUAUCAGAAAUAAAGAAUGCUCUCUGACGUUAAGGCAGUGACAGAGACAUGAGGGUAGUUGUGAAAGUGAUAUUCCAACAGCUGCUGGCUACAUCAGCACAUCAAAAAGAUGACGUAACAAACACCACCCUAAGAAAGGGGGGCUUCUUCAGCCAUGGUAAGCGCUGCAGUUAGUGGACAGUUACGUCUGCCCUGUUUGCAAAAGCCUUAUCUAUGGCAGAAACUUCUUAACCUUUUCUACUCUAGCAGUGAAACAUGAAUCCACUUCUUAAUAUUUGAAAUGUAUCAGUGAGUGGGCAUGUCUGUUUAUUUCAUACCUGGUAAGUGCAUUUUAUGGGGUAUAUUUUAUAAGUAAUAUUGGCACAUUUAGUGGAGUUGAUGUAGCCAGUCAGUUCCAACUUCUCUCACAAAAAGUUCUUCAGCCUCCAGGUCAUCUGGUUUGCAGUAACACUAGUGGGAUUUCCAAACUUGUGAUCUUGGGUGGGGAAUUCAUAGUACGUGAUACUGUGUAGAGUGUGAGUGGUAUAGAAGUUGUUUUUUUAAUCAUUUUAAAGUAUAUACUAUGACACGUGAAAUUUAAAACCUGUCAGAAGCUGAAGAUUUUUUUAUCUACUAUAAGAUCCAGUAUGGUCAAGGUGUGUGGCCAAUUUUAUACUUCUACCAGAGUUCUGCAAAGUUGAGGUGACAUUCACCCCACAGAGACACCCCACACAGGUAGUUACCCCCCCCUCCCAUCUGCUCUCCCCUCCCCUCAACCACCCUUUCAGAGUUUUCCUCAUGUUUCAGAAUUCUCUUGCCGUCCUUCUCAGGCAGGCCUGCAUGCCUGUUAGCUCACUUUGGUGAUGGAGCAUCCUGGACCCUCUCUCCCAGCAUGCAGGAAGGAAACCCAGAAGUGCACAGUAAAAGAGGGAGGAACUGAAGUCUCUAAAGCUAGUAGCAUUAGACUGAGAAGGUGACCAUGCAGUACAGUAAAUGUAUUUACUACACAGAACACUGAAACUCGUCAUGUGUGUUUAAUGCCUGCUUCUGCUCCCUCCGUGUCUUAAGCUCAUCUUAUCUUUGUGGCGGUAAUAUUUGUCCUUAACACUCAAAAGACUAAAAAGGUACUUUGAUUGACAAGGUCUCUCAAGAACUUACAAAACCAGCUUUGAGGAAAUCUAGACUGUUCCUGAUGACAGUGUUUGGAGUUGUAAUUGUACUUUCUUACUGUAGCGUCAGUCUGUGUAAAUAACCAGUACAGUGGCCCUUUGGUUUGUUAGUGGUUUUGUUUCUGGUCUCUGUGUGACCCACCAGGACGGGGUUCCAGGUCCACCUUUUUUUUUUUUAAUUUUGCAUUUGUCCAUCAGUAGGCUUGUCAGACAAAAUACAAGAUGCCCAGUUAGAUUUGAAUUUCAGGCAAUUUUCUAGCUCAAGUAUAUUUCAUAUUUGACAUAUCUGUGCAAUUUUUUAAAUGUUCAUUAACUUAUCUGAAAUUCAGAUUUUGACUGAAUCUCCUAGAUUUUUGUUUUCUAUGUAGUUUUUCUAAACCUGGUAGUCCUAACAGUUUGAUCACAAAAGGAGGCUCACAGCAUGUAAAUUCUCUGGUCUUUAUAGCUUUCACCAGGAAUGAAAGACAUUUUUUUCCCCUCGCCUUCUACUUAUUUCUAAAAGAGGGCAUCAAGGAACUUAACCGGCCUACAUGGUGGGUUUCUGUUUAAAACAUCUCUGUGAUUAUAUUUAACCUGUAAUUGUGCUUUGGCUUGAUGUCUACAGUACUUGUAACGGAUUAAUAUUCAAUAAAAUCAUUUUAAAGUA